UUCCGCGCCGCACUAAUGACGAAUCUACACUCGGUGAUGGAUAUAUCAUCCGGGUUAUUUAAUGGAACGCUACUGUACCUAAUUAUAUUCUGCACCACGAAGUCGUUUCGCAACUACUCGAUCAUUUUGGGAUGUACGACCCUCACCGAAUUUGUACUGGGGUUGUCGGCUGGAUUUACGAUGACUAGGACGAUACCAGUCGAAUAUACGCUCGUCUACCAAUUCCACGGUCUAUGCCGCAAGUUGUCAGCCCAGAUUUGCAUGGAUGCACACGCAGUCAUCGUCCACUGCUUCGCCUACAACUACACGCUGCUGCCGUUGUCAUUUUGGUACCGUCACCGCGUCUUGACAAAUGGCUUGUGCAGCCCAUUAAGAGUUACGUUGUAUUGUUUCAUUCUCUACAUUCCGGCAUUUCUAGUUAUGGUCUGCUUCGCGGCCGGAACCAGUCCUCCCGAAAUCAUCCACAAGAUCUUGGCCGCCAAGAAAAACGGAUCUCUCUAUCCGGACGAUCCGAAUAUUGCUGCCCUAAUUGGAUAUGAGGACAUGACGACUUAUUACAACAUUGCCAUCACCAUGUGGAUCUGUGCGCCAAUCAUGCCGGGGUAUACGAUUUCGAUAUACUAUCGUUACCAAAUCCUACAAAAACUGAAGAUGGACCGCGGGAUGAGCGCGAAGACGCUGAAAGCGCAGGAGAAUUUGGUCAAAGCCCUGACGUUGCAAAUGAUAACGCCGUUAUUAUCAAUGAGCCAAUCCUCGGCUUUUGUUUGGAUCCAGUACCAAUUACCAGGCCACAAGCACAUCUUCUUCCUCGAGGAGCUCGUCUUCAUCUUGGUGGCUAUGACUAGCAUGCUGAACCCUUGUAUUACCAUCUACUACGUAUUACCAUAUCGAAAAGAACUCCAAAAACUCCUUUGUUUCUGGCGGCGAAAGCAGGACUUUUCGCGCAGGAUCUACAGCGAGGCGAAGAAUUCACACACCAAGGACUCCAAAUUGCAACACACAAAUGAGCUUUUU